UGUAACCUUUUGUGACCCAGUGCAGAGAACCUACCUAAUGUACAUUUGAAUUCAUUAAACAACUAAAGCUAGCUACAAACAUCAUGGGUAUAAAAUCCCAAAGAGCAAUACUUCAGCUUCACCAUUAAUAAGACUUAUCAGUCUCAUUUUAUACAGUCCAUUGUUCAAAUUUCUGUAAGAAAUGGAGGAAAGAAAGGCAUUUGGUUGGGCUGCCAGAGACACUUCUGGGUUUCUCUCUCCCUUUUCAUUCAAUCUCAGGAAAAUGGGGUCUGAAGAUGUGGUAUUGAAGGUUCUGUACUGUGGUGUAGACCACACAGAUCUUCAUCAGAUGAGGAAUGAGAUUCACAGUACUAAUUAUCCUUUGGUUCCAGGGCAUGAAGUAGUGGGUGAAGUGGUGGAGUUGGGUUCAGAGGUGAAGAAAUUUAGAGUUGGGGACAUAGUGGGAGUUGGAUGCAUAGUGGGGUCUUGUGGAGAGUGCUUGUAUUGCCAAUCCAACAUGGAGCAGUAUUGCCCUAAGACAAUCUUCACUAUGAAUGACACCUACAAAGAUGGAAGCCUGACUCGCGGAGGCUUCUCCUCUGCCAUGGUUGUUCAUCAAAGGUUUGUGGUUCGGAUACCAGAAAAGCUAGCACCGGAGCAGGCGGCUCCAUUGCUGUGUGCUGGAGUUACAGCUUACAGUCCGCUGAAGCAAUUCAUGGGGUCUGACAGGGUUGUAAGGGGAGGCAUAUUGGGUUUAGGAGGAGUUGGACACUUGGGUGUCAUAAUUGCAAAGGCAAUGGGUCACCAUGUGACUGUGAUAAGCUCUUCUAAUAAGAAGAGGGAAGAGGCUUUGGAGAUUUUAGGUGCAGAUGCUUUUAUAGUUGGCUCCAAUGAGGCUGAGAUGGAGGGAGCUGCCAGCAGCCUUGACUAUAUCCUCGACACUGUACCAGCUUUGCACCCUCUGCACUCUUACCUUUCACUCCUCAAGGUUGACGGUAAGCUCAUAAUAGUUGCUGCUGUUCCUCAACCGCUUCAGUUUGAUGCAGUUGACAUAAUUCUAGGGAAGAGGAGCAUUUCCGGGAGCUUCAUCGGAAGCAUGGAAGAAACGCAGGAAAUACUGGAGUUCUGGGCAGACAAGGAUUUGACGACUAUGAUAGAGAUAGUAAAACUGGAUUAUGCUAACAAGGCAUUUGAGAGAAUGGAAAAAAAUGAUGUGAGGUUUAGGUUUGUCCUGGAUGUAGCCGGAAGCAACCUGGAAUGAUCAAGCUUCAAGACAAGUCUUCCAGUGCAGUAAGAAAAGCAACGUACGACUCUGAUUGAAAGUCAAAACAAAAUAAGUGAAUAAUAUAUAUUUUCUACCCUUCAUUUUUCUGAAGACUGAAAUUGCUCCAACCAACAUGAUCAAAUUACCAUGGUUGACCAAAUGCAAUUCUAUUAAACACCAAAACCUUAUAAUAGAUUCCAAAUCAAUGCUACAUUAAAAUCCCAACUACAACUAUGUCCAGUGUCUUUACAGAUUUCCCAUCAUAAACAAAACAGUUGCUUGCUAAGCUAACUCGGAUAAGUGUGGUAUUCAGACAAGAAACAGAAAAAAGAAUCAAAAAAUGCUAAUGUUACAACAACAAAUUCGACGUUCCAUGUUCCUGGAUUUUCUUGGCGAAUGAAUCCAUAACAUGCCAAGAAUGGUCAUGAAUCUCUUGCACCUGCCUUUGCCAUCUAUUGAUGGCAAGUAUGAGAAGGCAGAAGUUAAAACAGUCUCUGUACCAAAUCACUCAUGUUUUCCUUUGCCUUUCCCAUCAACACUUUUUGAGCCAUCAUAAGCAGAAAGGAAGAAAGUGCUCUGAUUUUUCUGCAGAAAUCUG